CCCUCCUCCCCGAGAACAGAGGGCCAGUUUGAGGUCGGCCCCUUCUCCUGGAGGCUCGGGUUUAUCUGGAGGCAAAGAGGGACGCAUUUAGGAAGUGCGCGCCGUCAGGUGAAGGAAGGACCGUUGGGGGGAGUGAUCCAGCGUUCGGAACCGGGGCUUUGGAGUCGAUUAUUCCGCUCUUUCCGUUGGUGCGCGAGGGCAGGGAGCCAUGGCGGUGUUCUGGGCUCUGUGGGUCCUCCUGCUGUGCCAGCUGCUGACAUCCUCGUCCGCCCAGAGGCCAGGACCAAGAGGUGCCACUGGGCCACCCGGGCCACCAGGGGCUCCAGGACGAGAUGGCACAGACGGCAAAGAUGGGCCCCCGGGGCUGCCAGGCAAAGCAGGUCCCAAGGGCAAAGCAGGAACUCCAGGGUCAGCAGGGAAGCCAGGGCUGCCGGGACUUCCAGGGGUCGAUGGCUUGACGGGACCGGACGGCCCGGCCGGGAAGGACGGACCCCCGGGGGAGGCGGGUGACGCUGGACCUCCAGGGCCUGCUGGACCUCCUGGCAGAGGGAGACCAGGAGCUUCAGGUUUGCCCGGAACCAAUGGGUUGCCUGGCGGACUCGGGCCUCAGGGUCCCGCGGGGCCUGAGGGUCUCCCAGGACUUACAGGACCUCCCGGCCCAGAUGGACCUCCAGGUCUUCCGGGAACUCUCCAGGAUCUGAGCGGUGACCUCCUGUGCCCUGCCAUCUGCCCGCCUGGCCCUCCUGGUCCACCUGGCAUGCCUGGAUUUAAGGGCCACACCGGACACAAGGGAGACAAGGGGGAGGCCGGAAAGAACGGCGAGAAGGGGGACAGCGGCCCACCCGGUCAGCCUGGGUUCCCCGGAACAGUCGGUCUCCAGGGGCCACGGGGACUGCGAGGCUUGCAGGGCCCGAUGGGAGCUGUUGGAGACAGGGGCCUGCCAGGGUUCCGCGGCAAGCCGGGCAUCGCCGGCCUCAUCGGCAAGACAGGGGAUUCAGGAGAGAGAGGACCUCAGGGCUUCAAAGGACCCAAAGGAGAAAUCGGUAAAAUUGGUCCUAAAGGAGCUGUUGGUGGAGCAGGGAUAAAGGGGGAGCCUGGGAUUCCGGGUCGAGAUGGCAAGGACGGCACCCCUGGCCUGGAUGGUGAGAAGGGCGAUGCCGGGCGCCAUGGGGUGGUCGGAGAGAAAGGGCCAAAUGGACUUCCCGGUCUGCAAGGAAAGGCGGGCGCCAAAGGGUCCCAGGGAGAAGUGGGUGACCCCGGAAAAGCAGGGGAGACGGGACCUUCUGGAGAGCCAGGUAUUCCAGGUGACAUCGGUGUUCCGGGAGAGCGAGGCAUUGCCGGCCCCAGAGGAGUCGCUGGUGGUAUUGGACCUGUUGGUAACCCGGGUCCUCUGGGAGUGAAGGGCUUCCAGGGCGUCAAAGGAGGUCUGGGUGACCCGGGUCUUCCAGGACCGACUGGAAUUCGAGGGGAGUUUGGAGAUAGGGGUCCCGUCGGAGCUUCAGGAGCUAAAGGCGACAUGGGUGUGGCAGGAAGUGACGGUUUACCUGGAGAGAACGGAGAGCCUGGGCAUUUCGGGCCAGUUGGACAAAAAGGAGAGGCCGGGAAACGAGGAGAGCUGGGACCGAAAGGUGUGACGGGGCCACAGGGAGAACUCGGAGCUCGAGGACCACCAGGAAAGCCGGGUCUCAUGGGCUUCCAAGGGGAGCAGGGGAAUCCUGGAAUCGCAGGGAAGACUGGCGUCCCAGGUAAACUGGCGAGUGAACAGCACAUCAGAGAGCUGUGCGGCUCCAUGAUCGAUGACCAGAUCGCACAGUUGGCUGCUAACCUGAGAAGACCCCUGGCACCUGGAAUGGUGGGUCGCCCUGGACCUGCGGGACCAUCGGGGGCACCUGGGGUCGCUGGUUCCAUUGGCCAUCCCGGAUCAAGAGGUCCACCUGGAUACAGAGGCCUGCCGGGAGAACUCGGGGACCCGGGACCUAGAGGUGAUGUGGGUGAGCAAGGAGACAAGGGACCCAUUGGAAAAGCUAUUGAAGGUCCCCAAGGAGACCAGGGCUAUCAAGGUCUACCUGGAGUGCCAGGAAUUGUCAAGGACGGGCGUGACGGGUCCCCGGGAGACCCGGGCGAGCCUGGAGAGCCCGGCAGGAUGGGAAGGACUGGCCACCAAGGACCUCCUGGAAUUUGUGACACGACGGCUUGCCAGGGAGCAGCGGCUGCAGGAAAAUCGUCAAAUCCCAAAAACCAUUAAACGCCACCCCUGGAGAGGAGCGACGGCGGACAGAGGAGUGAAGGAGAGGGGGAUAGUGAAAGUGUCCUCUGUCCACAUCAGUAGAGGAACGACUGAAAGCACCAUCUCAGUCCCAGAGACGAUCCACCAGCGUGUGCCGGAGCGACGCCCACCGCUGUGACUGGACAUCGACAAGUCUUUUGUGUAUACACCUUUGUACAUGCUUCCCAGGCCCCACCCCCAGCGUGCAUUCACCCCGAGAACAACAGUGAGACUGAACACGCACAACUCGCAGCCCUUUCAUGUCCAUCUCAUCUGCCCAAAACACCCGUGUAUGAAAUAAAGAGCAGGUUCCCAGAACGUGUGUAGAUUCCCUUGAUAGCUUUUUUAUGUUUUUUUUGUUGUUUUUUUUACAGCUUUCGUUUCAACAUGUGAGUCUUAAGGUAUUUAAACCUGCCAAGUCAACAAAAUAAAACUUGUACAUGGAAGAUUCAGAGUGUAAAAUACCUCUGAAACUCUUCCACCAGCAUCAACUUCUGUGCUCUCGGUGCUGUAACUAUUAAAUACUAUUUAUUAUUUUUGGUGACUGUUGUAUGUACAGUAAGAUGAUACAGCGACAUGUUGUAAGAAAGAACAAAUAAAGCCACUUUUCAGGAAAACGUCCCUCUUUUCUC